CCCCUUCACUCACCCCCUCUGAAGCCCCUUUCUCCUCCCUGCGUGGUGCCCUGCCCCAUGAUGAGUGUGCAGCCUCGGAGGAUCCGCCUAAAGCCCUGGCUGUUAGCCCAGGUGAACAGCGGGAGGUACCCCGGCCUGCAGUGGCUCAGCCCGGACCACCGGCUCUUCCAGAUCCCCUGGAGACACGCCACAAGACACCUGCUUACCACUGAGGAAGAGAACACCAUCUUCAAGGUGAGAGGGAGGUCCGUGUUGAGAAUGGCAUGACAGAUCUGAAUGCUUAAACUCUGUAUGCCGUCAUUUUGAUAUCACACUGUAGUUAGAUCUAAGUUGUCUACUUAGAUCUACUUUUUUUCUAUGAUCACUACUGGCAAGUCGAGGAACAGGCAUUUGUCACAAGCUAAACCAUUUUCAGAAGUGCUUAAUCAAAACAGCACACAGACAUUAUUCCCUGAACUGCAAGUAGCACAUUUCAAAAAGUAUUUCUAAGGAACUCAGUUACUAUGUCACCCACACACUUCCUUAUCCCAAUCGGCAAUAAAUCUAUCAACUGUUUUAGUGAACUGAAAGAGCCUUAGUUUUAUUUCCACUGCUUCUCUAGUGUCAAACCUCUCGGGUUUUCCUGACCUAGUGUAUAAGGAUGUACACAUGAUAUCCACUGCACUAACAGCCUACUCCCUACCUCAGACAUUCUUUUGGCUCGAGUCAUUUCCUCAUUAGCCAUUACCCUGUUCUCCAUUUACAGUGCAUUCAGAAAGUAUUCAGACCCCUUGACUUUUUUCACAUUUUUUUACGUUACAGCUUUAUUCUAAAAUUGAUUAAAUUACUUUUUUUCCUCAUCAAUCUACACCAAUACCCCAUAAUGAAAAACCUGUGGUAAAUUCAAUUGAUUGGACAUGAUUUGAAAAGGCACACACCUGUCUAUAUAAGGUCCCACAUUUGACAGUGCAUGUCAGAACAUCAACCAAGCUAUGAGGUCUAAGGAAUUGUCCAUAGAGCUCCGAGACAGGAUUGUGUCGAGGCACAAAUCUAGAACAUCUCAGGAGAGACCUGAAAAUAGCUGUGCAGCGACGCUCCCCAUCCAACCUGACAGAGCUUGAGAGGAUCUGCAGAGAAAAAUGGGAGAAACUCCCCUAAUACAGGUGUGUCAAGCUUGUAGCGUCAUACCCAAGGAGACUGGAGGCUGUAAUCGCUGCCAAAGGUGCUUCAACAAAGUACUGAGUAAAGGGUCUGAAUACUUAUGUAAAUGCGAUAUUUCUGCUACAAUUUCUGAACACCUGUUUUUGGUUUGUCAUUAUGGGGUAUUGUGUGUAGACUGGGAAAAAACAAUUUAAUAUAUUUUAGAAUAAGUCUGUAACGUAACAAAAUGUGGAAAAGGUCAAGGGGUCUGAAUACUUUCCGAAUGCACCGUAGUUGUGAGUAAUGUGGUUGGUUAAUUGCAGUGCAAGGUAACUUUUAAGGAGUAUGUAACAUGGAACAACAGCUGGGUGCAGAGGCGUCAUGCCCGUAGGGGGUACAGGGGCACAUGCACCCUCAGAUUUGUCCUGUUUAGUGCAACAUUUACAUUUACGUCAUUUAGCAGACGCUCUUAUCCAGAGCGACUUACAAAUUGGUGCAUUCACCCUAUAGCCAGUGGGAUAACCACUUCACAAUGUUUUAUUAUUAUUAUAUAUUUUUUUUUAUAUAUUUUUUUAUUUUUAUUUAUUUUUUAGGGGGGGGGGGGGGGGGGGGGGUAGAAGGACCAUGACCCAUGUAGGCUUAUUAAACAACGGAGAGAGGAAUGGUCGACAGUAGCCAACAUUUUUACAGGCACAUAAUGCCGAAAUUAAAUGGUUUAUUUGUCAUUUGUUCCAGGGCACUUCCAUUAGCACUGCUACCCUUUAAUAAAUACAAUAUAUUGAUUUACAUUUAAUUUAACCCCCACCCAUUUGAUUCCAUCCAGAUGUGACCCCUUCUCCCAUUCAUUAAAAUGUAACCUCAUUCUCCCCCAGGCCUGGGCUCUGGAGACAGGGAAGUACCAGGAGGGUCUGGAUGAGCCUGACCCUGCCAAGUGGAAGGCCAACCUGCGCUGUGCCCUCAACAAGAGCCGGGAGUUCAAACUGAAAUACGACGGCACCAAGGAGACACCUGUCCAGCCCUACAAGAUCUACGAGGUCUGUGACCAGCCCUGCAAUGGAGGUAAGUGUGUGUGUGCAUGUGUGUAAGCAUGCAGGCUCAUUGGAAGCUUUGUCUUAUUGGAUUUAGUUCUUUAGAAUAACUUUGUUGAAUAGAUAUUCAGAUAUUAAUUUUUUGUGAAAUUAAUUAGAUUUUCUCCCCCAUGUUGGUGGCAUAUUCCUUUUGAUUUGGUUUCAGACACAUUUGAUGAAGAUGAGGAGGAGGUAAGGUGUAGACAAAUUACUUUUCCAUUAUCUGAGAACAAUGUGGUAUCUCAAAAUAGUUUGAGAACAAUACCCAUAUAUCAGCUUUUUUACAUAAACAUUACAUUUUGUCUUUGUUUUCAGAUGCCGAAUAUUUUUGGUCUCUCCAUUGGUAAGUGUAUACUGUCAACACACCUUUGCUACUGAGCCAUAGGUGAAUUAAGCAGAAAUCGCUUGGAAGGUUAACCUUUUGAAAUGUGUCACUAUUGACAUUAUGCAAGGUCUUAUGUGCUUGUGUUUGUCCUCAUGUCUCUCCCAGACCCCAUAAUUAGUGACCCACCCAGUUUUCAGGCAUUCCCUACUGCACAUAGGAUAGACGUUCCCUUCAGCUCCCCCCUCAAUGACAGAUAUGGCACCCCCCACCACACACCUAUGUACCCCAGUCCCAACAUGCGCUCCAAUCCCAACGGGGGCAUUACCAUGGCAACGGAUCUCCCUCAGCCAACCAUGGCUCCCCCAGAGUUUUCUACCCACGUUCCAUUGGUGGUGAAGUUGGAACAUGGGGUCUUUGUGCACCCUGGACCCGCAGGACCCUCCAAUGGCCUGGGGAUGGGUGGAGGGAGCAUGCACCCUCCUGUGGUCACUGAGAUGCCCCCCAUGGUUCCUUCUGCUGCAUCUGUGGCUCCGGUUGCCCCUAACCCAGGCGCCGCCCCCAUGGAGGCCAUGUCAGGAGUCCAGAACCAGGAAGAAGGGCAGGCGGUACCACCCUACAAAUAUGACCUGCUGAACAGCCUGCCAUGUGAGUGGAAUAUCACCUAUAGGUCCAUGCUGUGUUAAGAAUACUGCUUUUUGUACUAUGGCUUUACUUUGGCAGUCAGGCACUUCUGCAAUAGUUCCUUGCAUGUUAUCCAAAUAGUCAUUCCCCUACCAUAACAACAGGGUGUGAACUUUAUUUGGUAUUGCUGCGUGCAGCACAAUGCCGACAUUGUAAUACAUUCACUCAAAACAGUUGCCUCCAAUUGACUCAUUCAAUGGAUUAUAGGCUAUCAGGUAUUAGUGAAGUAGUCUGGAAUACCUGUCUGUCACACCCAUCAAAUGGCACACACUGGCAGCUGUCUGAAAGUGUGGGGGAUGGUACGACAGGUUCUGUAGUGAAUUGGAAUAGGCAAAAUCGAGUUUUACCCUUUUAUAGCUAAAGCGUUAAUGUGUUAUUCAUUGAUUCACACCCUUUUUCAGUCUUAUGAUAACUUGGUAUCAGAAUACUAUUAGGCAUGGUUAGAAAGAGCUAUAUUAAAUGUUGACUAAGUGCCCACAAUUCUUCUGGCACUACAUUAUUUGACUGUGGUUUCAGUGACUGACCUGGACAUGAGGUUCCAGUACCGGGGUCGUACGAUGGGCUCCCUGACUGUGAGUAACCCCCAGGGCUGCCGGCUGUACUACGGCCACCUGGAGCCCACACCGGAGCAGGUGGACCUGUUCGGCCCCGUCACCCUCAACCAAGUUCUCUUCCCUGGCUCGGCCGACAUCCAGAACGAGAAGCAGCGAUUCUACACAGAGCACCUGCUGGACGUGAUGGACCGAGGCCUGAUCCUGGAAAUCUGGGAACAGGAUAUAUACGCUAUCAGGUUGUGUCAGUGCAAGGUGUAUUGGUCUGGGCCGGGCGUGGAUGAGCAGGGGCCUCCCAACCCUAUGGAGAGGGAGAGGAAGUACAAAGUGUUCAGCCUCAAUAACUUCCUGCACGGUGAGUCAGUCAAUCCAUUUUAUUGCUGGAUAUUUUAGUCAUCUAAGGCAGCAGUUUCAUAGUGUUUGAAUCCCCAUCUGAUCCCUCAAAACCCAUUUUUUUCAAUUGAGAUCAAAUAAUCACAUAACACCAAAUUAUCCUGUCAGAUAACAAUGCUGGACUUUCAGUUCACUUGAGGCUCUCUGAGUUUCAAUUGAUCCCUGAAUAUUUCAGUCACAUGCCCUUUCUGUGAGUAAGCUCUUGAGUAGUACUGCUAUUGUUGCAAAGCCCAGGCAUCUAAAUGGAUUAGCUGUAGAACAGAUAUCAUAUACACAGUGAUUAUCGCAUUACAGGAGAUGCUGUUGCUCAAGUGUCCUUUCUUUCUCCCUCUCAUGCACACACAUACACACCAACAACAGGGCUCAUCUUGUUCCAGAAGGGUGAAACUCCCACCCCACCCCCGUUUGAGCUCUACUUCUGCUUCGGGGAGGACUGGCCAGACCAACAGAAACCCAAGGAGAAGAAGCUCAUCGUUGUGCAGGUGAGCAGAACGAAUUGACCCCAUACUCUUGAUGAUCAUUGACAGAUACAGUACACACACAUGAAAUGAUCACAUUGACUUAACAGGGACCCUCCCGUCUCCUCCAUCCAUUUCAUGUCCAGGUGGUCCCGGUGGUGGCGCGGAUCCUAACAGAGAUGUUUUCUGGAGAGCUGUCCUGGUCCACAGACAGCAUCCGGCUGCAGAUCUCCAACCCAGACCUGAAGGACCAGACGGUGGAGCAGUUCAAGGAGCUCCAGAGGCUUCUCCAGAGCCAGCACGGCCUGGGACCCUGA